CAUCCAUUUCCAUCUUGAAAGCCUAACUGUGUGUUUUGCUUUCUCUCUUGCAAAACCUAUAAGCUGCAAGGAUGGGAAUUUCAAAGCCACUCCAUACAAUUUCUUGUAUAUCAUUUUUAGUCUUAUAUUUUUCAUUCUAUUGCAUAACACCAACCUCUUCUUCAUCAGCCUCCCUGCAAAAUGAAUUCAUCAGCUGUGUCAAAACAAACACGCAUGUUGAUUUCCCACUUGAGACAACGCUCUUUGCUCCCGCGAAAAACGUCUCUAUGUUUAACCAAGUUCUCGAGUCGACGGCUCAGAAUCUUCGGUUCUUGGCAAAAUCUAUGCCUAAACCGGGGUUCAUAUUCAGGCCCAUUCAUGAGUCUCAAGUUCAAGCUUCAAUCAUCUGCUCCAAGAAACUAGGGAUUCAUUUUCGUGUUCGAAGCGGUGGUCAUGACUUCGAGGCCAUGUCUUUUGUUUCACGGAUCGAAACACCGUUUAUAUUGAUAGAUUUUUCGAAACUGAGACAAAUCGAUGUUGAUAUUGAGGACAAUAGUACUUGGGUUCAAGCUGGUGCUACACUCGGAGAGCUUUACUACAGAAUUGCAGAGAAGAGCAAGAUCCAUGGAUUUCCCGCGGGUUUGUGCACGAGCGUAGGCAUAGGUGGGUAUAUGACAGGCGGUGGAUACGGUUCCUUGAUGAGGAAGUAUGGUCUUGCGGGAGACAAUGUUCUAGACGUGAAGAUGGUUGAUGCUAAUGGUAAAUUACUCAACAGAACCUCGAUGGGUGAGGAUCUGUUUUGGGCCCUUAGAGGAGGCGGUGGAGCUAGUUUUGGUAUAGUUCUAGCAUGGAAUAUCAAGCUUGUACCUGUUCCUGAGACCCUAACCAUGUUCACCGUUACCAAAACGCCAAAACAAGACCCAGGGAUGAAGAUCAUUUCAAAGUGGCAAAGAAUGGCAUCCAAGGUUAUGGAAGAGCUACACAUCCGAGUUGAAUUCACUGCCGUUGGAAAUAAAGGAAACAGGACUGUGAUGAUGUCCUACAAAGGUCAGUUUCUUGGCGAGAAAGUCACCUUGAUGAAGGUUAUGAAUAAGGUCUUUCCAGAACUAGGGUUGACUGAUCAGGAUUGUACCGAAAUGAGCUGGAUUGAGUCCGCUCUUCGCAAUGGUGGAUUUGCAAAUGGUUCUUCUAUUGAUGUUUUGCUUCAGCUCCAGUCUCCUUUAGGGAAAAAUUACUUCAAAGCAAAGUCUGAUUUCGUUAAAGAACCCAUCUCUCCUUUAGGAAUCAAAGGAAUGUUCAAAAGAUUGAUUAAAGAAGACACACCGUUUCUGAAUUGGACUCCUUACGGUGGUAUGAUGGCGAGAAUCCCUGAAUCUGAGAUCCCAUUUCCGCAUAGAAACGGAAUCCUCUUCCAGAUUCUCUAUCAAACAAACUGGCCGGAGAAUGACAAGAGACCGAGUAGACACAUCAACUGGAUCAGAGAGUUGUACAGUUACAUGGCGCCUUAUGUCUCAAGUAAUCCAAGACAAGCAUAUGUGAACUACAGAGAUCUAGACCUGGGACAGAACAUGAACAACGCAAAGGUUAACUCCAUAGAAGCUAAAACCUGGGGGGCUAAGUACUUCAAAGAUAAUUACAACAGACUGGUGAAGAUUAAAACAAAGGUUGAUCCAGAGAACUUCUUCAGAUACGAGCAGAGCAUUCCACCUAUGGUGUAGCGACAACUUUUAAUUAUCAAACAAAUAAGAAUAAAGUAGAAGAAAUCAUAUAAUGGUUCUUGUGUAUUUCACAAAUUGUUGUAGCAAAAGUAAUAAAGUCAUGCAUGAGAAAUGAGAUGAUGAGAAAUAAAAGUGUUCCUCUAAAUAUUUUUAUAAAACUAAUUUACUUUCUUUUUCUAA